AUGGGCCAGAACCUGAUCCUGAAUGCUGCCGAUCAUGGCUUUCAUGUCAUCGCUUUUAACCGUACCGUCUCCAAAGUCGACCGGUUCAUGGAGAACGAGGCAAAAGGCAAGAACGUCGAAGGUGCACAUUCAAUCCAAGAAUUCGUGUCCAAGCUUAAGAAACCUCGACGAAUGAUGCUGCUCGUUAUGGCCGGCAAGGCUGUGGAUGAUUUCAUCGAAGCUCUUCUGCCUUUCACGGAGGAAGGAGAUAUCAUUAUCGAUGGUGGAAAUUCCCAUUACCCAGACACCAACCGGAGGACGAAAUAUUUGGCGGAGAAAGGUAUCCGAUUCGUCGGGACCGGUGUAUCCGGCGGUGAGGAGGGUGCCAGAUAUGGUCCUAGCUUGAUGCCUGGUGGAAAUGAGGAGGCAUGGCCAUAUAUCAAAGAUGUCUUCCAGAGCAUCGCAGCCAAGAGCGAUGGUGAGCCUUGCUGUGACUGGGUUGGUGAUGAAGGUGCGGGGCACUACGUCAAGAUGGUGCAUAACGGUAUCGAGUAUGGUGACAUGCAACUCAUCACCGAGGCUUACGACAUUAUGAAGCGUGGCCUGGGCAUGAGCGCUGAUGAGAUGGCCGAUGUAUUUGACAAAUGGAAUAAGGGUGUUCUCGACUCCUUCCUCAUCGAGAUCACACGAGAUAUUCUUCGCUUCAAGGAUGACGAUGGAUCUCCUCUUGUCGAAAAGAUCUUGGACGCGGCUGGCCAGAAAGGCACGGGAAAAUGGACUGCUAUCAAUGCGCUUGAUCUCGGCAUGCCAGUCACGCUUAUUGGUGAAGCCGUUUUCGCGCGCUGCCUGAGUUCGCUGAAAGAAGAGCGCGGUCGUGCUGCCAAACUCUUGGAAGGACCAACGCCCAAGUUCGAUGGCGACAAGCAAGAAUUCAUUGACAACCUAGAACAGGCAUUAUAUGCAUCAAAGAUUAUUUCAUAUGCUCAAGGCUUCAUGUUGAUCCAGAACGCUGCCAAAGAGUACAAAUGGAAGCUGAACAAGCCCUCAAUCGCGUUGAUGUGGCGUGGUGGAUGCAUCAUCCGAUCAGUCUUCUUGAAGGACAUUACGAGCGCAUACCGCAGCAACCCUGAGCUGGAAAAUCUGCUCUUCGAUGACUUCUUCAACAAGGCCAUCCACAAAGCGCAACCAGGCUGGAGAGACAUCGUCAGCAAAGGUGCUCUGUGGGGUAUCCCUACACCUGCUUUCACCACUGCGUUGAGCUUCUACGAUGGCUACCGAACCAAGGACCUGCCCGCCAAUUUGCUGCAAGCCCAGCGUGAUUACUUCGGCGCUCACACAUUCAGGAUCAAGCCUGAAUACGCAAACGAGAAGUAUCCUCAAGGUGACAACAUCCACGUCAACUGGACUGGAAGAGGCGGCAAUGUUUCUGCAUCCACAUACACUGCCUAA